AUGACAGCCCUGGAGAUCUAUUGUGACGCUGUUUCGACCUGCUUCGACUCUGCGCACGUGAAGGGCGAGCAGCGCUGUCAGGGUUGGCAGGCAGGGAACUGUGCCGCAAUCUCACACACGGUCCAAUACCAAUACCACACAGUCGACCCCAUCUACGCCAAGUGCACGCGUAGCAAGCGCGACACUUUUCUGGAUCAUCCGCCUCAGGCAUCGAACUCACCAGACGACAAGACGUUGCGUACCUCUGUGCCUUUGGAAGGAACUGAGCGGCCUCGCUUCCGGUCUUCCAAAACGGCUUCUUCACAGAAAAAGCGAAAGCUCGCUCCAUUCACAGCCAAUAGUGGGCUGGCUGUCAACUCUUCACAGACUCUGCCGGAUUUACUCCUCGAUACUGCCCGACCGAGUUCGUCCUCGCCAGUCGUCAAUAGCGAUAGCCAGAAUUCCUCGCCCACCAGCAGCCACAUCACCCAGACUGGUUCACCCUUGAGAUAUCUUCCAUCACAUUUGCAGGACGAAGUACAGGACGCCUCGAGCCCGUCCGCGGCAUUUGCAGAAAUCCGGAUCGAUCGAGCAGCAAGCGUGGACAUGUCAGGGAGCGACGGAACUGCCAAUAGUAAUGGGGAUCUGCAGGCCGCGACACCAGGACCACAGCAGGUCGGUCGAGCCAUGACUGUGAGAUCUGCCUCUCCAGCCAAGAGAAGCGCUACUGAAAUGGAGGAGAACCAUGUCACCAAAGACUCGGGAUCUCCAGGAAGUGCGAAUGUGGAGGCCGGGGAUAUAGUCAUGCAGAGCUUUAGCGGGCCGGAAACGAAUGUGGAAGCGCCAGAUUCGACAGCACAGAGCUCCGAGGAGGAUCCCCCACCCUAUUCAGAAACCGAUGCAAACCCAGUCGUGAAAGACCAGAAGGAACCGUACACCACAGAACAGAUCGACCAGCAGGUUCUGUUUGUGACAAGGUUAUCAGAGAAACAGCUGGACGAAGGCGAGAGAGGCGUCGUGAUUUCGCAGCGGUGGCUAAACCGUGUACUUUCGCGGACGACACGCGGCCUUCAGAGUAGUGAAUACCCCAAAGAGUAUCGGGAGGGGUCAGUAGGACCCGUAGACAACUCAGACAUCGUCCCAGACGCUGCUUAUCUUGCCCCUCUGCACGAUUCUGAAGGCCAGCCUCACAUCCCGCUGCGGCCAGGUCUUACAGAGAACGUCGACUUCGCAAUCGUGCCCAUUGAAGCAUACGGAUAUAUCGUUGGAGCGUACGGCUCUGCUCAGAAAACAGCCAUCGUCCGCUAUGCGCACAAUACGGUCGACGAGGGCCAGAACAUUCAAUACGAGCUUUAUCCGCCACGAAUCACAAUCAGAAAGGUUCCACAGUCGAAAAAUGACCCAGAUGCCGCCCCGAAAUCGAUCAGUGCGCUAGACAACCUCAAGCUGCGCCAGGAGCGGGCUACCCGUGGUCAAGCGUCGCCGGACGAUGCAGCACAAUUGAUUAUCUCUCGAUUUGAUCGCUUUCAAAAAUUCCUCGCCCGUAGUAAAGAAGCUGCCGGGAUUUCCCGUGCCACCAAAGUAAAACUGUGGCGCGUCUUGAGUGUUGCGCCUGAUGUUAUGGCUGGACCACAACCUGAAACUUUCACACCUCCGGCUUCACAAGAUACUCCAUCAAGUGACGCAGCAACUUUGGAGAAGCAAACGCUGAUUGUUGAGCCGGCGGCAUUCAAGGACUUGGAAGAUAGUAAGGAUGUUGAAGCUAUUCAAGCCAAAGAUGAAACGAACAAUUCGAACUACAAUGGUAAAAGUACGACCGGCAUGUUGGGAAUAACAACAGACCAGGUCAUCAUUCUGGAAGAACAAGUCGGUGACUCCACCGAGUUCCGAUCCGACAAGCAAAAGCCAACGAAACUCGUGAUCAAGAAGCAGGUGAAUGGUACCUCGGGGCUGGCCUCUGGAGGAAACAGCCCAGGCCUGAACGGAAUCAUGACGAGAGGUCGAGCGCGCAAGGGCGGACGGACGCGUGGCUUGAACGGCCUGCAAAAUCUCGGAAAUACUUGCUACAUGAAUUCAGCAUUGCAAUGCAUCAGGAGCAUCGAAGAACUGUCUAUCUAUUUCUUGGCGAACAAAUUUAAGAAAGAAAUCAACAACGACAAUCCGCUCGGAUAUCAUGGCGCGAUGGCGACCUCGUAUAGCACAGUCGUGCGUAACCUCUGGGAAGGCAGCAGCUACUACUCACCGAGCCAAUUUAAGCGACAAAUAGGCAAUGUUAAUUACCAAUUCUCUUCGUAUGGACAACAAGAUUCGCAAGAGUUUCUGAGCACAUUGGUCGAUGCCCUACACGAAGAUCUCAACCGCAUCAAAGUCAAACCAUACCAGCCAUACCCGGAUUCAGAUGACGAGCUCGUGCAUGACCCUCAAGCAAUAAUUGAUCUCGGCAACAUCUAUCGCAAGAUCUUCGUCGACCGCAAUGACUCCGUGGCCAUGGAUUUAUUCCUCGGCUUCUACAAAAACACCAUUGAAUGCCCGGACUGCCGCAAGAUCAGCAUCACGUUUGAUCCAUAUUCCUCAUUAACGCUUCAACUUCCAAUUGAAGAUAAUUUCUCGGGUCGAAUCACCUUCUUUCCAUUGAAAGGCAAGCCGAUCAACCAUGACAUCGACAUGGAUAAGAACGCUACGAUUAAGACUGUGAAGCGGUCCAUCGCAGACAAGCACCCGGGAGCUGAUGCGAACCGAAUGUGGAUGGUUGAGGUCUAUAGUCACAAGAUCUAUCGGAUACUCGAGGACAAGGCUACACUAGCUGACGCAGACAUCAAGUCCAACGAGACCAUUUUCUUGUUCGAGCUCGAUCAACCGCCGACCAAUGUCGGAGUGCCGCGCAAGUCUCUCAUCUCGUAUAAGAGGAUCGACGACUCCAUACCAGUUGAAGGCAUGGAAUCGCCUCAAGCUGAGUGCAUGGCUGUUCCAAUCUACAGUCGUGUCGCAAAAUCGCGCUUCUCUGCUGGCAGCCCGUCUCAUGUCAUGCAUCCCAUGUACAUCAGUCUGACACGCGAUGAGGCCAAGGACUACAACGUUGUUCUCAAGAAGGUCUUGAUUGCUGUCGCACGCCUUACAACCAAACCUAUCCUCUCGGAGCUUGACGAAAAACUGGGUUGGGAACCAAACGCUGCCGAUGGGGCAGAUGAGGACGUGAAACAGUCAGCAACCGAGGAUGGAACAGGCGUUAGUGAUCACUCUGCCGAAGACGGAUAUGUUAAUGUCUCAAUUGACCAGGACCCAUCAAAGGGCGAAGCACAGCCGGCAUCGAGUCCGGUUGAGCUGGUGGAUGGAGUCCCUAGAAAUUUCAUGGACCCCGAGUAUUUCUUGUCACCGGCCCUCCGCGACCAUCUGUUUGAAAUGAAGGUUGCGCGCGGAGACAACAACAUGCAUUGCGCGUCGGUCGCGAGCAUCAAUGCCGGUACCCUUCGCAACAUGUUUGAGCAAGUCAAGCCUGUGGCAAGAAGGUCAUCCAUACAAACAGUCGACUCGGCGACAUCGAAUGCAGCAUCUGACUCUGGCGAAAACGCGACGGAAGAUGAAGACGUCGAAGAUCAGGAUGAGCCUGACAUCGUGGUUGGCGGCGAGGGCGCACAGGAUCAAGUUGAGGACAGCGAGGAGGAAGUUGUACCAGAGCCAACAAUCAUGGAGCCCUCGCCUGUAGCGCUACGAGGAAAUGGACGGAGACGUGGUGCUAAACACGCACGCAAGAACAAACCCGGAAAGCUGCAUCAAAAAUACGCGAAGAAUCAAAGAAUGCCAAUUGGAAGCCAGAACCGUGUGAACGGCAAUGUCAGCACCUCAAGCAACUCGUCCCCUGUGCAAGAUCACAAUCCCUACUACGUUCGCAUUGGUGAAGCCAUUGUGCUCGACUGGCGUCCGGAAGCUUAUGAAAGUCUAUUCGAAGGCGACUCAGUCCAUGAUGACGGAUUGCGUGGAUCCCGGACAACCUCAGACAAUGCCAACAAUCUUGGUGUUUUUCACGACGCUGAGGUCAUUGCGCGGAAGGAGAAACGCCAACAACGCAACAGAAAUGGCAUCACUCUAGAUGCGUGUUUCGACGAGACCAGCAAAAGUGAGGUGCUCUCCGAGGAGAAUAAGUGGUACUGUAAUCGGUGCAAGGAGACCCGCCGCGCAAGAAAGCAGCUGCAGAUCUGGACUUUACCUGAUAUUCUCAUUGUCCACUUGAAGCGCUUCAGCAAUCGAACCAUGCGUGGCAAGAUCGACGUCAUGGUGGACUAUCCGAUCGAGGGCCUUGAUCUGAAUGACAAGGUAGGCCUUAAGGAAGACGGCAAAGAUUACACCUACGACUUGUUUGCCGUUGACAACCACAGUGGUAGCCUCGGUGGUGGGCACUACACCGCCUUUGCUAAGAAUUUCGAAGACGGGGAAUGGUAUGAUUACAACGACAGCAUGUGCCACAAGAUUCACAGCGUCGAUCGCCUUAAGACUUCACAGGCCUAUCUUUUAUUCUACCGCCGCCGGUCCAGCAAGCCACUCGGCCCGAAAUACCUCCAGGAUCUUGUUGAGGAGUACCGCAAUCCACCCGCAGAUUCCGACCUAGACGAGGCUGGAGCGGGGACGGGGGAAGUCCAGCUCGACGGUCCACUCACCUCGCUGCAUGGGUCGUCGAGCGCUUCAGCAGCAGCCGGAGCCGGAGCCGUGAAAACGACCAGCAACAAUCGAGCGACGGCAGCAGCCGACAGCGACGAUGGUGGCUAUCCGGCUGGGGCACACACAGCCGACAGCCCUCUGACAACGACACUGAUGACGACUGAACACGAUGAGGCCGAUUGGCGAAACCACCCACUCCGUCAAUACGGCGAUCAGGGCGAAUCGAGCUGGAGUUUCCAAAACGUCGAUGAUGAGAAUGAUGAUCAUCUCUUCCGAAGUAAAUUCAACGACGACGUCGAUAUCGACAGCAACAUCGCCGAGCAAGACCGCGACAAUGACUCGGCCUUUGCUGAAGGUGGCAGCUCCUUCUUCGAGAAUGCCGGGACACGGUCAGGGUCGCCCCUUGACUUUGGAGAUGAUAGCGACAUCCAGUUCGUGGACGACACUCACAUGAGCGAUGCCGAUCACGAGCCCGAGGUUGCGGACAUCCACGUCGGUGGUGAUGAGGAUCACGAUGCGGUCUCAAGACAUGGCGCUGCGGACCGGACAGAAUAG